AUGGGGGAGGCUUUCAUCGUGGGAGCGCGCUUCCCGCGGGGCCCACCCUGUGGAGCUCCCCAGCGGAUUUGCUCCUCCGGUUCCAGUCGGGGUGGAGGAGGCGGGUCACUUCGGCCUCCGCUCCCCUCUGGUACUCCGCCAGUAACUCCAUUCUUCCUCUCUGUGUCUCUGCAGGCGGCGCUCCGAGUUCCCGCGAGGAUCAAUGACCUGACGAGGCGCCGGAGCCGCGCUGACUCUCGGGUGGCCUGGGUCGGUGGUGAGCCCGGUGCUCGUGGACCGGCGGGCGGGCCGGAGGGCCUCGGUCUCCUGCGGCGGAGUGAGGAGAAGGCGGAGGAGCGGGAACCGCGGCGGCGCUCGCGCGGCGCUUGCGGGGGGAAGGGCAGUUCCGGGCCGGGCCGCGCCUCAGCAGGGCGGCGGCUCUCCCGGCGCAGACGCAGGGCCCCGGCGGCAGCGGCGCCUGGAGGAUUCAAGUUGUGCGGUCCGGUGAUGCCCGAGUGA